AUUUUCCUUCUCCUUUCGAGGACGGAGCCAAAAAAGGGGGUGAAGGCCAGAAGACUCCAUUUCCGCGGCUGUGUCUCCCUUCCCUUCUAUAUCUUCUCUUCCUUUGUUCAAUUUUUGGUCGUCGGAUUUCGUUGUGGGCAAGCGACUAUGUUGGCAACUCCCGGUCGAUCCCCUCGUCACCUGUCCCUCCCGGAAUCCGCAGCCACUCCCCUCCGAAGCCCUAACCCUAACUCCGUCCCCGAUGCGUCUGGGGAACAGCGGCCGCUCAAGCGGCGCCGCCCCUCCCAUCCGAUCGUCCUCGACGAGGAUACCUACAUCGCCGCCAUCGAGGGCAUCAUUGAGCGUGACUUCUUUCCGGACAUACCCAAACUCCACGACCGGCUGGAUUGGUUGUCCGCAGUCCGCUCCGGCGAUCCCUUGCAGAUCAGAGAUGCCCAGUUGAAGAUCCUCGAGCGCCGCCGUGCGAGCGGCGGUGGUUCGGGGUCCGGGAGGCACGCAACGCUAACCCCGCGGUCGGUUUCCGUGGUGACUCCGUGGACUCACGAUCGCACGCCGGAUCAGCGCCAGGAGUCGUCGAUAGAGGAGAACGCGAGCAACCCACUUGCCGGAGAAGGCGAUGGUGCGGAACCUGCGGUGGAUUCGUCUCUGAGCCUUGACGCGUUCCUCCGGCGGUACACGAGCGAGGACAACGAUAGCUUCUCGAAGAUUCUGGAGAAGGUGAAUCGCAAGCGGCGGGAGAGGAACCGAUACCUCACGGAAGGUGAAACGUCCUCCGGUGCGGUGGCCGCGCCCGAGAACGUAAAGAGGGUAACCGAUGGGUUUGGAACGUCCGGGCAACCAACCGACACGCUUGAGGGGUGGAAGUUCACCGCUCAGAAUCUGCUUAUGUAUGGGUCGGUGAGUCGGGAUGAGGCGCCAUUGACGGAAGCAGAGCUCGCGCAGCGGCUCAAGGCGGCAACGAAGGAGGUUGAUGCGGCCAAUACUCGGUUCAGUGGAAAGUUAGCUGACUCGAGGCUUCCAGAGGAAGACGGUCAGGUCACGAUUCUGUACACUCCGGUGAGGGGCAACUCCCCGGCGACGACCUGGCCAUUCUCCGGUCGGGGGUCCGACAAGGCAAAGAAAUAUGAUCUCGAGGACCUCAGAAGGACGCCGGAGGAUGGGAAGGGCGGUUACAGCUACGUAAGGACACCUUCACCGGAGCCUGGGGUGGAAGAGUCGCCGUUCAUGACAUGGGGGGAGAUCGAGGGCACCCCAUUGAGGUUGGAAUCUGAGGAUAUGACAGAAGGGCCACAAUUCAAGAUGCCAGAUUUGGCGUCAAGGGAUGUGAAGGCACACAAUCUGUCGAGGGAGGCUGGACGGAGGCUGAGAGAGAAGUCGAGGUUAUUCGGGAAGGCUGGGUUGCCAUUGCCAAGGGGGAGGAGUGCGAGCCCGGGGUUGCAGGGUCUGUCGCCUGCUGCUCAGAAAUUUGUAAAGAAGGUGAUGGCAAAGGCAGGCAGUGGAGUAGAUGAGACACUACGAGCAAGCUACCGGGCAAGUCCUCUGCCUUUCGGGACUCCAAAGACAGCUAGUAGGAGUCAUAGCAGGUUCGGGAGGGAAUCAAGUUUGAGAUCACCUUCUUGUCCAUAAAAUGGAUGGUGAGAGAGGUCUUUAUUUGUUUGUAGUUCAAAGCACAAUCCCUUGUAUAAUUGCAGAUUUGCAGUCAAGUUGUUUCUUUGUUGCCUGUUGCUUGUAUGUCUUAAUAAGUCGUUCCAAACA